AUGCUUAAAUCAUGUAAUGAAACUGAAAUCUUCAAACUGUACGACGAUAUCAAAAAUAAAAUAAUAGAAACUAAGAUACUUUUACCAUCACAGGUUCUUACGAUCAUUACAAAUGCUUCAUUAUACAAUAAUCGCUACACACGGUCAUAUUGGACUCUUUGCAAAAGGUUGAUUGAGGAAUAUCAUCCAAAUCAGAUCCAAUUCAAUUCACAUAUAUUCUAUUAUUUUUAUUACAAAGAAUAUGGUGUUGUUUUUGAUAAACCAAUACAAAGAUCGAUUUAUAAAUACGAACAUUUUGAAAAUUCAUUGGAUGUUCACGAAAAAAACACAAUUUAUGAAGCAAUUAUGAAUGACAAUAAAGAGUUAUUUAUAUCGCUCACAGAAAUAUCAAACUUUAAGCACAAUCAAAUUCUCAAAAGUGAUUUUUAUCCAAAUAAUUCUAACCAAGGAUAUUCAUUACUUGAAUUGUGCUGCUAUUAUGGAUCUGUUAAUUGUUUUAAGUUUUUAAGAACAAAAUUUAACUCUAAGAUCACUCCUACAUGCCUUCAAUUUUCAUUUUUAGGCGGGAAUCCAGACAUCAUGAGUGAAUGUUUGAAAUCUCAAAAACCAGAUAAAGAAUGCAUGAAAUAUGCAAUUAUUUCACACAACAUUGAUUUUGCAACAUAUUUGAUGAACGAGCAUCGAAUUCCAAUCGAUAUAAAACUAUGCAAUGAAUUUAAUAACAUUGAAGCAUCUUUUGUUUAUUUAGAUAAAACAAAAGAUAUCUCUGAUUGGCUUAAUUUUUCAUCAAACUUCCACAUUCCAUCACUUUGGAAAUAUCUAAUUUCAAAAGGUAUUGACAUCAAUACAAAGUGCAGUUAUCAUGGUAAUUUCCUUCAUUUAGCAGUUAUAGAAAACAAAAAAGAAAAGGUUGAAUUUCUUUUAUUGCUUGGUGCAGAUAUUGAUGCAGGUAAUAUAAAUGGAAAGACUCCCCUUAUUUUGGCUAUGAAAAAUAGGUAUUUCGAUAUUGCCAAAUAUCUUGUUGAGCAUGGCGCAAAUGUUAAUGCAGUUGACAAUAAUGGAGAUGAUGCAAUUAAUCUAGCAAUAGAUUACAAUCACAUUGAUCUAUUAAAGCUGUUUAUAUCACAUGGAAAUAUAAAUGGAUCACCAAAAAAAAUUCCUCUUCACAAUGCAAUCUCAAGAUGCAACGAAGAAUUAACAGAAUUUUUAAUAUCAAUGGGUGCAAAUGUUAAUGAAAAAGAUAUAUAUGGAAAAACAGCUCUUCAUCUGGCCGCAUUACAAUCUAAUAUUGAGUUAGCAGAAUUUUUAAUAUCAAAUGGCGCAAAUAUCCAUUUGAGAGAUAGUGAUAGUCGAAACACUCUAUAUUAUGCAUUAAGUUCUGAUAAUUGUACAAUUGAACUAAUUGAAUUUUUAAUCUCAAAAGGUGCAAAUGUUAAUUCAAAAGAUUUUCUUGGAAAGGAUGCUCUUCAUUAUGCAAUGGAAAAAACACUAAUAUUGAUAUAA